ACAGAUCUCAAAGAAAAACCGCUCUAAAAAUGGGGAUCCGUGUUUGGAUGGACGUACUAAGAAACUGAAUAUAGAGACCGACUUAAAGAAUCCAAUGCAGAAAAGUUAUUCUACCAGUACAGUGGAAAAGGAACAAGGUGCUAAGAAAGGCAGUACUGAUUUAAAGGAUACUCAUAGUAAUGUCAAACCGGACAAAAAGAAUCCCUUGUCACAAUUUUAUUACAACGGCGUAGAAUCUGCAUUUGGUUCGCACUGUCCACCUAAAAGCUGUAAACAACGCUUACGUACUUCGAUCGUGGAGGGUAUUACGAAAGGGAAGAAGACCGAUGAAAAGGAAGAUCGCAAUCGCAGCGCAAAGUAUCGUGAGACUACUACGAAGAAGUUUUUGUGGAGUGGAAAUUUUCAUCCCUUAAGAAAUCUUGGCGCUAGAACUUCGCUGACUGUAGAACCCGAUAAGAUCACCAUAACCCCAUCGAAAUAUUCACCAUGUGCUAGUAGGCUCGCAGCCAGUUCGAAGAUAUUGUCAAACGAUUUAGGUGCGAAUUCCGACAGUCCCUUGCACGUAGCAAGAUCAAGAAGCCCGUCACGGGUCGACGUACAAACAACGGAUAAUAAUACGUCGAAGAAUGUUGAAAGAACGUCAAUGCAGGCCAGUUUGUCAUUGAAUAUACAACAAUUUAUAAAGACUCGAUGUGCACCACGUAGUAAAAGUGUUGACGAUAGCUGUGUAACCUCACUGACUAGCGAAGCUACGACGCUUAGUUAUUCACCCACUAGCACGGAGGUAUUGUCUUUAGGAGAGGUCGGUCAGCAAACGUCGUCAGCUGAAGGUUCUGCUAGUUAUUCAGAAGUGAAAGAGAAACUGGUCACAGAGUGCUCUGAUAAAGUUCAAAGAGCGUCAUUAGAGACUAAGUGUUAAUAACUCCAUACAUUUCGCCCAUUGCUGUUCUGCCAAUCUCUUCCAUGCGUUUUAAAAGGGGAGAAGACGCAAAUUUUUAUUAUUCGUUACGACGUCUUUAGGCUAUAUUUAACGUCAGUGAUAUACCGUCACACGCGACAGCAUACUCACACGUUUAUGAAGUUUACACUCCAUUUUCACGAAUGUGUAAAGAUAAGUAUAUGCGCGCGCGCAUGCACCUCUGUCGUAUCGCGUAUUCUUACCUAUAAAACUCGUGCAUAUGUGUAAACUGAAUUUCCAUGCGACAUAACUGCGAAACACAUUGAUGUUACAAAUAUUCCAAGUAUUAUUAUUUCUAUUGUCUUUUUUUUUUUUCUGUUCUAGUUCUUUUUACAAUCAAUUCCGUAGAUUCAUCAUUCUGCAUGUAUAGAUAAAAAUGUUUCCUUCUUUUUUAUUUUUUUUUAUUUUUUUUUUUUCUUUUGUAUUCUUUUUUGUUAGAAAAGCGGAAGAAUUUCUACCGUGAUUGUGCAAUAUAUACAUUUCUCUUAUACUUUGAAUUUAUUAUUAGAAAGAAAGAUAAAAAGGAAAAAAAAAUUCAUCGUACCUGUGUCUAAAGUGAUUGCGUUUAUUACGAAAAACAAUAAUAACGCCUAACGGUAAUAUUCUUUCCGUUUUAUCGAGUUUUUCUUUAGUUCUUUGUUCCCCCAUUGUUUCUUCGUUAUUAUUUUUUUUUUUUAACGCAGUAACGUCUAUGAAUAUAUACAAUACAUGAGUAUGCGACAUUAUUGCGUGGAUCUAGCUGAUUGAUCAAAAUGUUGUCUGCCAGGAAAUAUGGUUCGUGAUACUAUUGUCAUUGCAUAAUGAUUAUAUGAUAUAUUUAUAUAUACAUAUUUAUAUAUAUAUAUAUAUAUAUAUAUAUAUAUAUAUAUAUAUGUACACAUAUAUAUAUGAUUAUAUAAUGAUAAUGCGACAGCAUGUGAAGCGAGAAUCAUACUAUAUUAAUUCAAACAUCAUACAAAUAAAAUGAUACUCUUUUAUAAAGAAGCAGAAGAUUAGAAAUAACAUAAAAGAUAUUUAAUGAAAAAGAAAAUUCAAAAAAAAAAUAUGGAAAGAGGUCAUCUCUAUGAGAUGUUGAAUUAUCGCUUAUCAAUACAUAAAAAAUACGUUUUGUCUGUAUCGAUUGACAAGUUGAGGUUCUUAGAAAUCGCUAAAUAGUUUUUCUCUCGAUGAUCUUUCUUUUGCAUAAUUAUUAUUAUUAUUAUUUUAUUUUUUUUUAUUUUUUUAUUUUUUUCUUCCUUUUGAUCGUGUAUACAAAAAAGCGAUGAAAAGAAGCAGUGUGAUUUUAAAGAGAGAGUUGCGCUUUCGUGAUAAAGUUUACAAAGAAUUCUGUGGUAGUAAGGGCUGAGAUAUAUCUUCCAAGAUAGUAAAGAUUCUCUUUUAUAGGAUAAGAUGGAAUAGAAAAUAACGUCUGACGUGUUGCGAGGUCAUGUACGCGAUUUCUAACGGUUACCGUUUUGCGUGUACCGUUGUGAACGAGCGUGUCGAUCGUGACGUGAAAGAACGUAAGCAACAAUAAUAACGAAUGGAAAUAGCUAGGGACAAUAUAACUGCCAAAUUUGACUAUGAAUUAGUUAACUUCUAAAGAGGCGAACCGUGUGAAGGAUCUUGUCUAUAGGUAUGUUUCUCGUUAGUAUUUUUAUAUCUCGAUAAUGUAUAUAGAGUGCAAUUAGAACAUCUUCUUUAUUAGUGGUACGCAUUACUACGACACACACUCUCACGGCGAUAGUUGCGAAGAAAUCGAGUGGAGCCUAUGGAAUAAGAAAUAAACAAAUGAAAAAAGGAGAAGUGAUUGAAACAUAAAAAAAAAAAAAAAAAAAAAAAGAGACGGAAGUUGGACGUCGAGAAUAUUCGUUAGCAGAACACAAUACACAUACACAUACACAUAACAUACGAGCGUAAUUCCAUUUUAAUGAUUAGACUUACUAAACUCUUGAACGACCUCACUAAUUUUAUAUAUACACAUAUAUAAUAUAGAGAGAGAUUAUAUAUAUAUAUAUAUAUGUAUAUAAUAUAUAUUUAUCUAUAUAUAUAUAUAUAUAUAUAUAUAUAUAGACAGAUAUAUAUACAUAUGUAUAUUAAGAUUAAGAAGAAUAUAACGUUGAUAAGUGGCUACAGUCGCCUUGCAUCGCAUAAAAAACUUAAUUUAAAUAUCUACAUCGUUAAACUUUUCAUUAUCGAUCGUACCAUAAAUAUCUCUUAUGAUUCGUAUUGAUAAAAAGAAAUUCGAAUAAAAAAGAAAGAAAGCAAAAACGAUUUGUUUAAAGCGACCGCCAUUCUCCACCUUCCAUUGUGGUAAUGUAUCGAAAGUACAAUGCUUGCCGUUUGUUGAAUAUGGAGAUCGCAUGGUAAAGAAGGUUGCUACCAGUUUGAUCAGCGGUAUUUAUAAUUCCAUUCUAGUGAAUUAUUCUGUUUUAGUUUUACAUUUUUUUUCUUUUUUUUUUUUUUUUUUUUUUUUUUUUUUUGUAUUUUUUUUAAUUACUUUCGUGAUUGUGUGCUUUAUGAAUUUUGUCGUUUUUAUUAUUUUAAUAUAAAUUGAAAAUGAACGAAGAAUAGUCAAGAAAAAUGAUCCACGUAAGAUUUAUAAAAUUACAUAUCUUCUAUUAUUCAUCGAUUCCAGUUUUAUGGAGCUCCGAUGAAUGUAUUUGUUGUAUUCGUGUGAAUCGUAGAAACUUUAUUUUUUUUUUUUUUUGCCCAAUAAACUAAAUGAUGUUCUUCCAAUUCUAUACUCUCGGACAAUAGAGAUUCAUCGAAUACACACAUACCAUAUACACGUAAUAAACAAACACACAUGUAUACUUAUAUCGAUUUCGAUUGUUAAAAAUUUAUUCAUUUGCAACGAUCUCUUCGUACGUACAUCGGCGAGCGACCAGAGUGUAAAUGAAAUUGUUAAAGGUUAUCCACGCGAUUCACAAUCAUCGUUUAUCAAUGCGUACACAUUCAUUCCAUUGGCUCCCCUUAUAAGAUUAUACUGAUCUAAUAAGUAUUUCGUAAAUCAUAAAGAAAAGACAUUUGCAUUGUUUCGUGUUCGAUAAGAAAGGAAAAAAAAAGGAAAAAAAAAGAAAAAAAAAAGAGCAAAACAAGGACUUUUGUACGGCGCACGACAAUUUAAACGUGUAUGUUCCCAUCCUUUUUUUUUUUUUUUCUUUCUCUCUCUCUCUCUCUCUCUCUCUCUCUCUCUCUCUCUCUCUCUCUCUCUCUCCUUCACUCUAACCUUCUUCUCCUCCAUUCUCUCUCUGUCUCUCUCUGUCUCUUACUCUUUGUCUUUAUUCCCAAUCCCCUUUUUUACUCUCUCUUUCUCUCUCCCCCCCUCCUCCCCAGCCCUGUUCGUCUAUCGUGUGUAGUGUGUAGUGUGAUCGACCGGUUUUCGAGAAGCACUUUUCGUCUUUCAUCUUCGCAUCCAGCGAGAAAAAUGAUGCUCGUGUUUGUGCUACGUAUACGUCGCGAGUGUCAAGAUUACCACGUUGCACAACAUCGGUAUUUCUAAUAUUGUACAUAAUAGCGUAUAAGCGAUGUAUUAGGAGUAAUGUUAUCUUAUUUUGUUUCUUUUUUUUUUUUUCUUCUUUUUUUUUUUUCUUCGGUCGUAUCCAAUCGUAUAUUCACAGGGGUAGAAGAAGAGCUCGAUUUUUUUUUCUAGGUUGUAGAGCGCUUCUUUCAUCGGUCGAGAAUAAGUAUAAACGUAAGUUCAUGACUAUCGCAGCUUUUUCUUUGAGAACGAAAAAAGAAUAAGGAUAAAACAGAAGUAAAGAGAGAGAGCGAGAGAGAGGGAGAGAGACGAAAGAUGAGAUCGACCGCCUUGUAUGAAUAUGCCGAAGAUUUAUUGCUAAUUUAACGCGGAAAAAUAGUUACAAGGGAUUAUUUCUUACGAUAAUAAUGUAGAGAAAGAAAAAGUAGAUUAAACGAUAAGAGAGUGAGAGAGAGAGAGAGAGAGAGAGAGAGAGAGAGAGAGAGAGAGAGAGAGAGAGAGAGGGAGGGAGAGAUAUAUAAAGAAAAGUUGGAGUAGAAUUAGAAGGGAAGGUAGGAAGAAAUAAGAGAAUGAAACAUGUAGGAAUAGAAAGAAAAAAAAAAGAAAAUAUUUCUAGAUAACUCUGCGAGGGUUAUUUUAGAAUUUUAUACUUCCACCACACUCGACUCGAGCGUACUGUAUAUGGGUACAUUGCGAAGUACUUUAUUAAUCUUGUGAAAUGUUAACACGAUGUAUAAUUAAAAUGUAAAUUACAUGUUUAAGCACAGA